AUGGGCAGCUCUCUCUCCACCCCAUCACGUCCACCAGUCCCCUCCCACGCCCAGCAAACCCUCUCCACCGCUGCCAAGCGCAAGCCAUCAUCAAGACCGCCGACCCCGCCAUUACGUAUGUCAUCAGCGCCGCACCCAAGCAGCAGCAGCGUGCCGAUGUCUGGGGCUGAGGGUGAGACCGAAGCCGACGUUGAGCGCGCACGACGAGCCUCAACACCACCACAGGAAGAGUCUUCAUCUGCAUUUGUUGAUUGGCCUACGGGCAUGGAGCCUUCACUUCUCUCGCCGAUCCGGCGCACGUUUGAGGAUGAGGAUGGGGAUGAAGAGCUUCCCCUCCCACCCUCCGAUACACCACUACCACCCGAUGAUGAGGAUGAAACCUCAUCAGGUCUCUCGUCUCCACCACUCUCAAUGUCAUCGCCAUCACCAUCAUCACCAUCACCCAAGAAGCGCAAGCCGAAGAAGCGCAAGACGGCCGCAGAGAAGGUUGCGCUGUGGAAAGCAAAGCAGGAUGCUGCGGAUGUCACCAAAGCGACGCGCAGCAACGUCGACAGGGGUUUAGCCACGCUGGACUUGAGGAAGUGGGUUGGUCAUGAUGGCGCUGCUGAGACUCGGGUGAAGAGGGUGGGCGAAGAUCUGGCGAAGGGUGUUGGAAAGCGACGCCGUCGCCGUUGA